CCUAGCCACUUCAUCUGAGAAGUAUCCGACAUGGCUGCCAAGAUCCUGUUCACUCUGCUGCUCCUUUUCGUUGCGUUCGAGCUUAGCUCCCAGUGCCAAUCUAGCACCAACAUUAAGAAUGGCUGCGAGGUGGUCGUGAACACGAAUCCAUGUUGCCGGGGAAAGAAAUUGAUACAUCAAUGCGCCUGCGAUUUUACCUGCUCGGAAUGGGACAAGCCCUGCAAUUGGGUGUACACCUGUGAUGAGGAGAUUAAGAUUAUUAACGAUGUCCGUCGGUCUAAGAACAAGCUAAGUACUUGUUUCUUACUGCCAAGUGUAAACCACCAGGAGUGUCUGGAGAUCAAUCAUAAUACGCAUAAGCACCCCAACUGUUGUGACAAAUUUUGCAAAGCAAAAGUUUUAGAUGUUUGUUCCUAA